GGCGGCUGAGUUAUCACAAUAAAGCUUCAAUGGUCGAGAGAUAGAAUUAACUACUUUGAGUCCAGUUAUGAGGUUUCUGAGCAACAUCCCAUGACACGUUGCGUUGUACACCGCAAUGUAUUCUGCCAUCAUUGUAGAAGUUGCAGUCAACUCUUGCUUAUGACUCUUCCACGAGAUAGGCUGGAGGUCGGCGUGACGGCGGUCGGCGGUGUCGUAACGUCGUCUUUCGUGAAUCGUGUUAUUCUUCAGCUUCUUCCCAAAUCGGCAAAUCCCGUGAAUCUGCAUCUUCCUUCGAAAAAAAGAAUGAUACUUUGUUUACUUGGAGUGCACCAAAUACAACGAAUAAUGGGAGUAAUUUUUUGUUGAGGGGAGUGGAUAUGCUUUUAACGAAGUGACAAAAAUAAUUUAAAAAAAAACAGCCAGACAACGGUUCUCUUGUAUGCCACCUUCUCUUGAGAUUUCUUCCAUAACAGAUCUCCGAGUCCUGGUUCAUGGCCUCAUCGUCACGUCCACGCCCACAGCUUCGUCGAAGUCUCCGUAUGUAUUCAACAACAUUCUCUCCAUGUACGCGCGAUGCGGAUCCCUUAAGGAUGCUCGGGAUCUGUUCGAUCAUAUGCCGCAGAGAAACGUAGUCACUUAUAAUGCCCUAAUUUCGUCAUAUUCUUCUUUUUCUCGUCUGGGUAUCAUGGUUUUCCAAUUACUAGCACGAUUGCAAGACAAGAGACUCGUCCCGAAUGCUUCCAUCUUUACUAGCCUCUUACAAGCUUCAUCUACCUUAAAGAACUGGACUUUGGGCUCUGUGAUCCAUGCCCAGUGUCUGAAAAUUUUAAAUUUCUCGAGCAAUGUUCGGAUUCAGACUUCUCUACUGGGUAUGUACUCGAACUGUGGCGAUUUGGACCGCGCAAUCAAAGUCUUUCGCUGUAUGGAUCACAAAGAUUCAUUUGCUUGGGAUUCUUUGAUACUUGGGCAUAUAGAAAAUGGUGAGCUCAGACAAAGUUUUUAUCUUUUCAAAGCCAUGCUUAAGACUGAUGUUAGUCCCACACGAUUUACCUACUCUAUAUUAUUGAGUGCAUGUAGCAGGUUGAGAGAUUAUCACACCGGGAAACUUCUUCAUGCCCAAUUGAUCAUAUCCGCUGUCAAUGCUGACUUGCCUUUACACAAUGCUCUUCUUGAUAUGUAUUGCAAUUGUGGUGACACAAUAAUGGCAUUCAAUAUCUUCAAAAGGAUUGACAACCCGGAUUCAAUAUCAUGCAACUCAAUGAUAUCGGGAUAUGCAGAGAACGGAGAUGGAGAGAAUGCAAUGAGAAUGUUUGUCGAGUUCGCACGAAGGUCUCUCGGCCAACCAGAUGAAUAUACUUUUGCAGCUGUCAUUUCUGCCACUAGUGCAUUUCCUUCGGGUUAUUAUGGGAAGCCACUUCAUGCCCAAGUUGCAAAGACAGGACUCGCGAGUAGCACAUAUGUUGGGAGCACAUUGUUAGCAAUGUACUUUUGCAACAAAGAUCCCGAAUCAGCCCAAAAGAUAUUUUAUUCAGCUUUUCACAAAGAUUUGGUUAUGUGGACUGACACGAUAGCUGGCCAUUGUGGAAUUGGUGACACCGAUGGUUCUCUCAGAUUUUUCCAUGGAAUGUUCCGAAACGGUAUGGAUUUUGAUAGUUUCACUCUUAGCGCAGUUCUCAAUGCUUGUGCUGAAGGAGCAACUCUGAGACAGGGAGAGGUGGUUCAUUGCCUGGUUGUGAAGAAAGGGUAUGGUUCUGAAAUGAGUGUGUGUGGGAAUCUUGUGGACAUGUAUGCCAAAAACGGAGACCUUAGAUCUUCAAAACUUGUGUUUUCUCUUGCAACCGAACCGGAUUUAAAAUGUUGGAAUGCAUUGCUUGGAGGGUAUGGAUACCACGGGCAGCCCGAAGACGCAUUCACAACUUUCAAUGAGAUGAUAAACGGCCUGGAGCCAGACGAGGUCACAUUUUUGUCUUUGCUCUCCACUUGUAGCCAUUGCGGUUUGGUCAGCAAAGCAAAGCAUUUCUGGAACUGCAUGAAGGAAAGAGGGAUAAACCCUGGGCUCAAACACUAUUCUUCCAUGAUUGCACUAUUAAGCCGGGCAGGAUUACUAGAGGAAGUUGAGGAGAUCAUCAUUACUCAAGAAUCUUCAUUUGGCGAUCAUCAUCAUCACCUUCUUCUUCUUCUUCAACUGGAAGAUGGGACUGUCAAAGAAACAAGGAGAAAGAUGAAAGAUAUGGAGAUUGAGAAAGAUCCCGGGUUUAGCUGGUUAGAGGGCAUGGGGAACAAGACGAAUGUGUUCUCUUCUUCAGAUGUGUCACACCCACAGAAGGGCAUGAUAGAAGCUGUGUUGCAGGCUUUGCUGGAAACAAUGACAGAUGCAGGAGCUGGUGAGUUUGACUUGGCAUGUCCAUAAGAAGAACUUGGAAGACCUGGGAAUGUUUAAGACCUCUAUCGGCAUUGCUGAAUGCAAAAACGGAACCAGUUCAGAACACACCCGAUCGACCACCAUUAUCGCAUCUAUGCCCCAAGAACUGAUGGGGCUGCAAAAUUGGUAAACCAGACAGACAACAAACGCGGGGCGAAAAUGGAUCUCUCCUCAUACUUUUGAGUCUUGGAUAUGUCUAAGUGUGGAGUGUGGGUCAGAAGAAGAGCAGCAUCUCAUUAUAUACAGAGUAGGGAGUAAUAUUUUGUGAAAAUAAAAGAACUGAUAUUUU